AUGGACUCAAAGAUUACUAAGGAGGAAAAUCCAUCUAUAGAAGAUUUAAAAAUUGAUGAUUCUUCUUCGAAAGAGAAUCUAUUAAAAGGUGAUGACAACUCAUCAAAUGACAAUCCAUCAUUAGUUCAUACUGAAUUAUUGCAACAAGAUAAUCCAUUUUUAGGGGCUGAUUCUGAUAAUUUCUUACAAGAUACCCAAACCAUUCAUCCCAAGAGAAUCGUCCCACAAAAUCCAAAUGAUAUAUACAAUAGCAACAAAAAUAGAUCCAAAAUAACGAGCGAAGCAACAAACGAAGAUGACAUUUUGGCAAUUAACCAUACUACCACAUCAAAAACUCAAAAUAAAAAAAAAAUAAUAAUACCAGAGGCAAAUAAAGUUUCAGAAGGUCAAGGAAGAUCCUUCAUUGCUUAUUCCAUUAGGUAUGGGGAUCAAGUUGUUCGUAGAAGAUAUAGUAAUUUUGAAAGUUUAAGAUAUCUUCUAUUAAGACUUUUCCCCAUGAAUUUGAUUCCUCCAAUACCAGAAAAGCAAUCCAUAAAGAGUUAUGGUAAAGCUUUAACAGGUUCCAAGGCCAAAUAUAUCUUACCACCAGAACAAAUACCACAACAAAUUACAUCAGAUUUGACCUUUUCCAUCAUUAAUGGUAAAGUUAGUUCUAAUGAUGAAAAAUUAAUACGACAUAGAAUCACCAUGUUAACAAUUUUUUUGAAUAAAUUAAUUCAAGAUGAUGAAAUUUCUCAAACCACUUUAAUCUAUGAUUUUCUGGAUCCAAUCAAUCCAAAUUGGAAUGAUUUCAUAAAUAGUUCUCCAACUUUUACAUCAUUACCUAAGAACAUCUUACAAUGUAAUCCAAUAGAUCCCACAAAUACAACAAGAAUCCAUAUUUCAUUACCAACACCAACUCUUUCUCAUUCUUCAUCAACAAGUUCUCAUCUUUUGAGAGGAAAUAAGGAAACUAAUUCCAAGAAACUUCAAGAAAGUUCACAAGCUCAAGUACAGGGUAUAACACCACCAAAUAAUAUAUCAUCAUCCAAAAAUGAUUCAGAUACAAAUACAAAUAUAACCACUACAACUUCCACAACUGAUGAUGAUGAGAAAUUGGGGAAUUCCAAUUUUAAUAGAAUUGAACAAGAUUAUAAACAAUAUGAAUAUUAUUUGAAAAAUGGAUUAUAUAAAUAUAAUCGUCAUUUAACUAAAAUGUUAUAUGAUAAAAAAAAUGAUUAUAAAGAAUUGAGUCAAAUCUUGGGAGAUUUCGCUAAUAAUCAAAGCAUUAAUGCAGUACUGGCUGAAGAUUUGGGUUUACUCAGUAGAAUCUUUGAAGAUAAUUCAAUCCAAUUAGAUUCCCUAGUGACAAUGCUUUAUUAUAAUAUUAAUGAACCAUUAAAUGAAACUGUUCAAAUGGCCACUUCUGCAAGAGAAUUAAUUAAAUAUAGAAAAUUGAAAAGUUUACAAAGAGAUAUGGUUAUCAAAUCUUUAAAACAUAAAGAAUCCCAAUUAAAUAAAUGCAUGAAACAAUUGAAAGAAGAACAAAAGAUUGAUGAAGAUAUUAAAAAAGUCAUUUCAAAUAAUAAUAAUGAUAAUAAUAAUAAUAAUAAUAAUGAUAAUAAUAAUGAUACAAUAAUUUCAAAUGACACUACAAUAUCAACAUCACAUAAAUCAAUUCCAUUAGAAAAUCCUGAUCCAAUUUCCAAGACUUAUAGUAAUAAAUUUUUCAAUUCAAUUAAUAAAUUAGCCAAUAAAGUGAAGGAAAGUAUUAAUUAUCAAGAUAUUGAUUUGGAAACACAAAUUAAAAACUUAAAUAACGAUAUAAAUAAUUUAAUGGAAAUGAAGGAAAUUUGUGAUCAUGAUCUAAAAAUCAUUAAUGAAACUAUUGAAAAAAAUCAAUUGAAAAAAUUUUCUAUGGAAAGAGAAAAUGAAAUUAAUAUUAUUUUGAAAAAUUAUUGUAAAUAUAUGAAAGAAUAUUCUCAAAAAAAUUUAGAAUAUUGGAAAGAUUGGAAAGAAAAGGAGUAA